AUGCCUCAGGCCCGCAGCCUUCGUACCAGAGGCACGAUGAAUGAGAACGAUGAGAACGGUCCGUCAGCGCGUGUGACGCGGGCCAAGACAGCCGCCCUCAGCACCGAUGCCCCCGCCGCCGGAGCCAAGAAGACCCUGCAGACCAAGCGAACCACAUCGACUACCACGGGUAAUGGAUCCCUACGUCCCCGUGCUGCCCUCGGCGAUGUCAGCAAUGUCAACAAGACGGAAGGUGCUGAGGUGAAAGCUGGGAAGAAACCGGCUGCCGCCAAGGCCGGUUUGACCUCAAAGGCAACUGUCCAGACUGGAGGUGUCCAAAAGCUCAGCCGCACCAAUUCCUCACGAACUGCAACACGACCUGCCCUUCAACCCCGCGACUCGAACAAGAAACCUGCCGCCAAUGCCCACAAGCGUCCGUCGCUUAAGGAUACCGCCCUCCAAGCGGAGGAGCCUCCCCGAAAGAAGCCUGAGCUUGAGCGAAAGACACGAACUAUCGAGAAGAUUGUGGAAGAACCACCAGUGAAGGAGGCAGAGAUUAGCGUGAAGGAUGCUCUGAAUGACGCUGUGCAGGAUCUGGACACUGAGGACUUGGAUGACCCAUUAAUGGCCGCCGAAUACGUCGUUGAAAUCUUCGAGUAUCUUAAGGACCUUGAGAUCAUGACUCUGCCCAACCCUGAUUACAUCGACCAUCAGCCCGACCUUGAAUGGAAGAUGCGCGGUAUCCUCGUGGAUUGGCUUAUCGAAGUGCACACCCGUUUCCGUCUCCUCCCCGAGACCCUGUUCCUUGCUGUCAACAUUAUCGAUCGCUUCCUGUCUGCUGAAGUUGUCGCCCUUGAUCGUCUUCAGCUCGUUGGUGUUACCGCCAUGUUCAUUGCCUCCAAGUAUGAGGAGGUGCUCUCCCCUCACGUCGCCAACUUCAGCCAUGUUGCCGAUGAGACCUUCUCGGAUAAGGAGAUUCUUGAUGCUGAACGUCACGUCCUCGCAACCCUCGAGUACAACAUGAGCUUCCCCAACCCCAUGAACUUCCUGCGACGUAUCUCCAAGGCCGAUAACUACGAUAUCCAAACCCGUACUCUGGGCAAAUACCUGAUGGAGAUCAGUCUCCUCGAUCAUCGUUUCAUGAGCUACCCCCCAGAGCCACAUCUCUGCCGCAGCCAUGAUGCCACUCUCGCUCACUACUCCGGUUACACCGAAGAGGAGAUCGACCCCGUCUUCCAGUUGAUGGUUGAUUAUCUCCACCGCCCUGUCUCCCACGAAGCCUUCUUCAAGAAAUACGCCAGCAAGAAGUUCCUGAAGGCUUCUAUCUUGACACGCCAAUGGGCCAAGAAGUAUCACCACCUGUAUGUCGACGGCUCCGAGCAGAGCAGUUACGCCAAGGAUGAACAGUAA